GUCGUCCGCCACGACAUUCCUGAGCCGUUUUUAUUUCUUCUGAAAGCGCUGGGAUCGCUCAGGUUGUCUCGACACCCACGACGACGCACUUGAGCCACCGUAUCGUCUAUUCUCGUUCCCAAAUCAAUCGCAUUGAACAGCCUUCCCUCCUUUCACGACUCCCUCACAGCGCUUCGCUCUUACUCGUCGAUAACCGCACAAUCUCACCCCCAUCCCCAUCAUGUCUUACCCAGAUUCCCCGUCGUCGCCCGGGACGAUGUCCUCCAGGCGUCUUACGAACAGAAACACCAAUCGGUAUUCGGUUACCGCCUUGUUCUCCAUGGCAGCAGAGCAGGACGUUGAGGUCGAGGAUGAUCUGGCUAGAGCCCAAAAGCGUCUGCGUGACCUCAAGUCUCGUAUCUCCGCUCAGUCCAAGAAGAAUUUCGUCCUCGAGCGUGACGUUCGUUACCUCGACUCACGAAUAGCUCUCCUCAUUCAGAAUAGGAUGGCGCUUGACGAGCAACGCGAAGUCGAAAGACAUCUCGAAGAAGUGGACCCGACAGAGGGCCAAUACCCUGACGAACGCAAGCUCCAGCAAUACUCCAACCUCUUCUUCCUCCUCCAAUCCGAGCCACGACACGUCGCCGCCCUCUGUCGUCUCGUCUCCCUUUCCGAGAUUGAUACCCUCCUUCAGACGGUGAUGUUCACCCUGUACGGAAAUCAGUACGAGAGCCGAGAGGAGCAUCUCCUCCUGACCAUGUUUCAGUCCGUGCUCUCCGCUCAGUUUGACUCCGCGACCGAGUUCGGAUCGCUUCUUCGCGCCAAUACGCCCGUGUCCCGUAUGAUGACGACCUAUACCCGUCGAGGUCCUGGCCAGAGUUACUUGAAGAGCGUGCUGGCAGAGCGGAUCAACAGUCUUAUCGAACACAAGGACCUCAACCUUGAGAUCAACCCCGUGAAGGUUUACGAGCAGAUGAUCAAUCAGAUCGAGGAAGAGACAGGCUCUCUCCCUGAGAAUUUACCCCGCGGUGUGCCUCCUGAGACCGCCCAGGCUAAUCCCGACGUGCAAGCCAUCAUCGCGCCACGUCUGACGAUGUUGAUGGAGAUCGCGAACAGCUUCUUGGUGACCAUCAUCGAGUCGAUGGAGAGCGUGCCGUACGGUAUCCGCUGGAUAUGCAAGCAGAUCAGGAGCUUGACACGGAGGAAGUAUCCGGAAGCGACGGACUACGCGAUCUGCUCGCUCAUCGGCGGUUUCUUCUUCCUUCGGUUCAUCAACCCAGCGAUCGUGACGCCUCAGGCGUACAUGCUCGUCGACGGCGUGCCCGCGAAACACCCACGGCGGACAUUGACCUUGAUCGCGAAGAUGUUGCAGAAUUUGGCCAACAAACCGUCGUACGCGAAGGAGGCGUACAUGAUGACGCUGAACCCGUUCGUGGAGAACAACAAGGCGCGGAUCAACCAGUUCUUGAACAACCUCUGCGAGGUCGGAGACUUCUACGACACUCUUGAGAUGGACCAAUACAUGGCUCUGUCGAAGAAAGACCUGAUGAUUCAUAUCACCCUUAACGAACUGUACAACACACAUUCCCUGAUCACACAACACAUCGAAACUCUUUCCCCCAAUGACAAACAACACCUCCGCAUCCUCACCGACGAACUCGGGCCCGCCCCUGCCCAAGUCCCGCGCAAAGAGAACCGCACGCUCGAGCUGAAGCUCUACUCGCGCUGGGAAACCCCAGUACAGGACAUCCAGUCCGCCUUCGCCGACACCGUCUCCUCGUCGGACAUGCUCUACAUGGAGACGAAAUCGAUCUUCGUCCAGCUCGUGCGUUCGAUCCCCAACGCCGCGGAGAAGCGCCCGUACAACCUGGCGGCGAUCGCCGAGCGCGCGGCGACGACGAAGGACGCGACGCUCGUGCGCAAGGGCAUCAAGGUGAAGGAGAUGCUGCGUGAGCUCGAGGAGCUGAAGAUCGUUGAGUCGACGGACGGGUACAAGCUCAUGCAGGACGAGGUCGGGGCGGAGCUCGCGCACCUCGGGAACCUGAGGGAGAAGGUCCUGUUGGAGACGAAGAGUCUCGAGGCGGUGUAUAAGACGAUUUGCGACCAUAACAAUUAUAUGAGGAGUCAGCUGGAGCAGUAUAAGGCGUAUUUGCAGAACGUGAGGUUGACGGCGUCGAAGGAGAAGGGGUCGUCGACUGGGGUGGGCGUCGUUACGGUGGGUGGGAAGGAAAAGAAGCCGGCGAAGGCGACGGUGUUGGGGCCGUAUAGGUUUACGCAUGCGCAGUUAGAGAAGGAGGGGAUUAUUGUGGAGAGUAAUGUCCCGGAUAAUAGGCGACCGAAUAUUUACUUCAAUAUCACGUCGCCGACGCCGGGGACGUUCAUCAUCGCAUUGCACUACAAGGGUCGGGAGAAGGCGAUCCUCGAGAUGGACCUCAAGAUCGAUGAUCUCUUGGAGAAGCAAAAGGACAACAAGCACCUGUUGGACUUGGAAUACGUCCAGCUGAACGUGCCGAAGGUCCUCGGUCUCCUCAAGAAGGUCUUCGCCAAGCGGUAGAUGCUUGGAACUCCUCCCUCCCUUCCCUUCCCUUCCCUCCCGUACUGUACUUAGCCUUCGUUCCCGAUUACUUAUUCCUUGCCUUUCUCUAUGAUGAUCUCUUUUCCGUCGUCCCUUCGUUCUUCCUGUCGAUAUAUAUUGAUAUGUUGUCGUUAUUUCCUCUCAUCCGUCCUGACCGUCAUAUCUGUCCUCCUUUGGCCUCACGAAUCCAUCGUUACCCCGUCCCCGCCAGUUACCCCGUCCGUUCCGAUUCCGAUAUAUAUCUCACGACCCCCCUCGACCUCGACCUCGAGCCGUGUCUUUGAUCCGCGCUCUCCUCUCCCCCUGUCCCCGAACCCGCUCACUCCGCUGUUGUUCUUUAUAUCCUUCCUUAUUGUUCGUUCGGUCGCUCGAGCUACCCCUCUCCCUUGGCCUUUACCCCCCGGAUUUUAUUCAGUGUUUAGUUCUUCUCUUUCCUUCUUUUUAGUUCCUUUUUACUUUUACUUUUUACCUCAACUUCCGCGUUUGUCCUCCUGGCUUGCAUUUGUCUUUUGCCACCUGGCACGUACGUACGUAUAUAUAUAUACACAUACAUCUGGUCGCACACCCGUCGCGUCGUGAUGUUCCUUUUCCUUCCUUCCUCCUCGCCUCGCCUUUUCCUUUCCGCUCGUUCUGUCGUCGUUCUGUCUCUUUUCUCUUUUCGUCCCUAUCUAAGGAUGUAUUAUCGCUCUUGUAGUACUUGCCGACUGUGAACUGGUACCCGGUGGUUUUUCGUCCUCGUCCUGUUUGUUGUGUCCCUGUGUCUGCUGUCCGCUGUGCACUUCUUUGGUGUCUGAGUCUUGUCACUUGUGGGCUGUCAGUGGGGGUACUACAUAUGAUGAUCAUUGACGUUACUUGUUGGGAUACAGAGAAUCGAUGUCCGUUCGCUCGUUCAUUUCGUUUAUGAAUCUUCAGCCAGAGGAUGAGUUAGCAAGUUACGGUUAUCUGAUCCGACGUUGACGUUAGCAAACGUUCGUCGAAAAGUUUCGCUU